UAUAAAUAUCUCACUCGACACUGCAUGCAUGCAUUGCAUGGUAGAAAAUCUGAUGCAAAUGGCUAAUGUUAAUGUGGGUCUGGUGCUGGUCGUGUUGCUGGCUAUAGCCAUGGAAGGUGGUGGGGCCAUGAAGAUAUGUGACAUGGACACGACCCAGUUGGCCGAUUGUCUACCGUCGAUCCGUGGCCCAUCGCCAUCGCCACCAUCGAACGGCUGUUGUGAUACUAUACGUACGGCAGACUUGUAUUGCCUCUGUGGCUACAAAAACUCGUAUCUCCUCCCUUCUUUCGGCGUCGACCCAAAGCUCGCAAUUCAACUGCCGGUGAAAUGUGGGCUCACUCCACCACCCGAAUGCCAGCAGCCUUGAAAUGGUUUCGGGUCCCAUCAUUCCGAGCGUGUGUCGCAUGGGUGCAUAGACAUGUUUGGCCUCAAUUUUGUAUUAAAAAAAUAUCGGAU